AUGGAUCGCUCAGAGCUCACGUCUCGGCUCCUCCCGGAGAUGACUCUGGGCUCAGCUCAGGCAAAGCUAAACCAGCCAAUUCCAUUACCUGCAAACCUAUCUCCAGCAGAAAGAGCAGCCGCUCGCUUCCGGAUCUCGGGUACCGCAGUCGUGACUGGAGGAACCGGUGAUCUCGGCAGUGUCGCUUGCGAGGCCCUGCUUGAACAUGGCCUACACACGCUCCUAGUCUGGGACUUGCAGGGUCCCACCUCAAUGGGAAAGAUUGAGACUCUGAGGUCCAAGUUUCCUUCGGCUCGAAUCUUAUUUUUCGAAGUAGACAUUACGGACGACGCGCAAGUUACCAGAGUCUCGCAGGAGGCCUUGGAGAGGUUCGGCGGCAUCGAUAUCCUCCUAACCUUUGCAGGCGUUGUCAGCUGCGAUCACGCAAAAGACAUGCCCGCGAAGGAAUGGCGCCGCACUUUUGAUAUCAAUACCACGGGGUCGUUUCUUUGUGCCAAGGCCGCCGCCAACGUCAUGGUCAAGACGGGAAAUGGCGGUUCCAUUGUCCAUGUCGCCUCCAUCUCGGCCCAUCGCGUCAACUUCCCACAGCCUCAGGUCGCAUACAACGCAUCUAAAGCUGCCGUUUUGGCAAUGUCCAAGUCGCUUGCUGCUGAGUGGGCUGUGCAUGGCAUUCGCGUCAAUAGCAUCAGUCCCGGAUACAUGGAUACCAUUUUGAAUGAGGGAGAUGGGUUACAAGCCGCGAGAAAUACUUGGAAUGAAAGGAAUCCCAAUGGGCGCAUGGGAUCUCCCGAAGAAUUGUGUGGCGCGGUGAUCCUUCUGGCCAGCUCCGCCGGGAGAUAUAUUACCGGGGCAGACAUUAUCAUAGACGGUGGUCAAACAUUGUUUUGA